UGUGCUGGCAUCCUCCAAAAAUCGACACGUGUUCCGGAAGUUGUUGAUCUUAUCAAUUCUCUCGAUGUUUUGAGUUUCGAAACAACUCAAAAUCCAAAUUCCCAAAAUCUAGGGUUAUGCUCCUGUCCGUUUUUGUUUCUUUUCUUAUUUCACUAAGUAAGAUUGCUUCCAGCCUGGUUUCGGGACGUUUUGAGGCCUAAAACUUAUUGCAGUUGAGGGGCUUUUCCGGUGAGUUCCGUCGGGUAUUUUGAAGAGAUGCAACCGAAACCGGGGAGUGGAAAUGAAGUAGAAGCCAAUCCUCAUGUUGUCCCCCAACCGAUGAUGUAUCAUGAACCAUGGUGGCGAAAUAACACAUUCGGUGUGGUACCCCAAGCGAGACCUUCUGGAAUUCCGUCGAAUUCGUCUUCUUUGGAAUGCCCAAAUGGCUCAGAGUCUAACGAUGUCCAGUCAGCGUCUGAAGAUGGUGCACUGAAUGGAGAAAAUGUUGGGACUUAUAAGGAUCAAGCCGCCACUUCGUCACGAUCAGAAAACCGUGGACAGGAUGGGAAUGAGUUGGGCCAUAUGUCAUCAUCUAUGCCUGCCAUGCGUGAUCAGCAGCUUUCACAACCUCCAGAGCUUGUUGGACACUAUAUUGCUUGUGUCUCAAAUCCAUAUCAGGAUCCAUAUUAUGGGGGAAUGAUGGGAGCAUAUGGUCAUCAGCCAUUGGGUUUUCCUCCAUAUAUUGGGAUGCCUGGGGAAAGGACUGCUUUGCUGCUUGACAUGACACAAGAACCUGUUUAUGUGAACGCGAAACAGUACGAGGGAAUUCUAAGACGAAGAAAAGCCCGUGCUAAGGCAGAACUAGAAAGGAAAGCUAUUAAAGACAGAAAGCCAUAUCUUCACGAGUCAAGGCACCGGCAUGCGAUGAGAAGGCCAAGAGCAACUGGAGGACGGUUUGCCAAGAAAUCCGAGGUCAACGGUGCUGCUGAUAAUGCAUCAAGAGAUAGAGUAACUGCAUCUGCUCAAUCCCAAUCUACCACCAACUCAUCGGGUUCUGAACCUGUUCAAACCAAUCCUGUUGAUACCCUGAAUUCUUCAGGGGCAGCAUAACCCAACCCGGCCUCCCUUCCAAUAGGAGGAAGCACAUCUUCUGCGAGGGGGACGGUGGCUUAUAUCUAUCGCUUCCUGGCAAAUCAUUCUUGGCUUUUGGUUUUUCGAUCUUUUUUUUUUCUUUUCAGGAUACGAUAGAGGGAAAUUCACGCAUGCUGAUAAUAUACAAGCGGCUGUUGGCCAAUGUAGUUGCUAUAGGCUGCAGCCUCUGUUUCUAUCAGUCACCUGUAUUUGCAGAUUGUACAGAAGAGAGAGUAUUGAAAACAUAGGUUUAAGUCUCCAUUUCGAGUCUAGAAGAGUGUUAUACUGAUUGAGUUUAUGUGUUAUUACUUUUUUAUGU